AAACCACCUUUCAUUCCUUAUCCUCCUUUUUCUCUCUUCUCUCCUGGCUUGGCUUAGCUCCUGCGUCUUGGUGCUUGGACUUUAAUGAACCAGUGUAAUUUAAUCUAAAAUAUGAACACUUUAGUCUCAACAUCGCUUUACAACUGUCGCAUCUCAAAACUUCCCAGAAAUCUGCGCAACGACCUAUCAUUAUGCGGUCAUAAUUUUCGCCGCACAAGCUUGAAGAUUAUAAAUGCCAACGCAAAUGAAGUAGAUGCACAGACAGUGGAGGAGCCGCCCCAGAAUGAAGAGCUACAACCUCAAUCCAAAGAAACAAGCACCACAUCUACUCCACUUGAUAAAGACCUCAAAAAGGUUGUUCAAAAGACUGCUGCAACCUUUGCACCAAGGGCUUCCACAGCUACCAAAAACCCAGCUGUUCCUGGAACUGUUUUGUACACUGUUUUUGAGGUUCAAGGUUACGUUUCAAUGUUGCUAGGUGGAGCUCUAUCAUUCAAUCUCAUAUUCCCAUCAAAUGAACCUGACAUAUGGAGACUAAUGGGGAUGUGGUCUAUUUGGAUGUUCACAAUUCCAUCCCUUCGUGCCCGAGACUGCUCAAAGAAUGAGAAGGAAGCACUUAAUUAUCUGUUUCUCAUCAUCCCAUUGCUCAACGUUAUUAUUCCUUUCUUUUGGAAGUCAUUUGCUGUCGUCUGGUCUGCAGACACCGUCGCAUUCUUUGCUAUGUAUGCAUGGAAGUUUGGGUGGCUACAGAAGGCAGAGUAGGAGCUUUAUGCAGCACCAUUUCUCUUCAACUGGAUACAUGAUUUCAUAAUUUCAAUUGAUUUACACUGGCCGAGAUGAAGAUUAGUGAAACAGGGAACCAGAGGUUGCUUCCUAUAGGCAAGACAUAUUGUUCUUAAGUUUUAGAUAUAUGAUGGUGAAUUAAUAUUUAGCUAGUCUACACUUUGGGGUAUGGGUAGUUAAUUCAUGUUUGUUGUGCACGCGGAAAAAAUGUAUAUAAUUCAAAGACCAUUUCAGGAGUCUUAAAAGUUACAAUUCUUCAAAUAUCUACUACAUUAUUUAAGAAAAUUCCCGGCAGCAAGAAUUAU